UGAACGGGGCUCCUCUUCGCUCUCUCGCGACACAUCGCAUACCAUUUACUCAUUUCAAUUAAUAUAACUGUAGAUUUAUAUAAUGAACAGCAAACGAGCUAAUGGGAGAAUGUAAAGGUAAUUCAUCACACAUUUUUAUUAAUAAUGAUUUUAAUUAGUGCAGUUCCCGGAGACCACCGAAGCAUAGAAAACCAAAUAGACACAGAGCUGUGCACGGGGUUGUCUAUGUACCAAAUUUCGAUACAAAUGACAGAUGUUAGACCUAGGGUGAUGGCUAACCAUUACGAAGUGCCCAACUGGGCUGGCAAGCCGCCCGUCGGUUUGCAUUUGGACGUUUUGAAAGGCGAAAAGCUGAUACAAAAGUUGAUGAUUGAUGAAAAAAAAUGUUACUUGUUUGGCAGAAAUUCUCAGAUGAACGAUUUCUGUAUUGAUCAUGCAUCCUGUUCGAGAGUGCACUGUGCUCUAGUAUGGCAUAAACAUUUGAACCGAGCAUUCUUAGUCGACUUAGGAAGCACACAUGGAACAUUCAUUGGAACAUUGCGUUUGGAGGGUUACAAACCCACACAACUUCCAAUCGAUUCAUCAUUUCACUUUGGAGCCAGCACAAGAAAUUACAUAAUUAGAGAAAGGCCACAAACUGGUAUGAGACCUAUAAUUGAUGAAAUUGAAAAAGCUGGAGAGGAAACUGAGGGUGGAUUAUUGGGAUUACCUGAGACUGAAACUGAAUUGGAUAAUCUGACAGAGUUUAAUACUGCACACAAUAGACGAAUUUCGAUGCUAGGUAUAUCAGAUGAUCAAGAUAAAAGGGGUAACAGAAAAAGGAAAAGGCAAACAGUGUCAUUUAAUGAAGAUGAAGAAAUUAUUAACCCAGAAGACAUAGAUCCAAGUAUUGGAAGGUUUAGGAACCUUAUACAUACUACAGUGGUGCCAGCAUCAGCAAAAAGACCAAAGUUUGUGGAUAAUAUUGGAUUAUCUGUGACAGAAUUUAAAGUUCCCAAAACUUUACAUCAUACAACUCCAGAUUUAUAUAAUGAUCUGCCACCAGAAGCACACACCAACCCCAGUUCAAGUAAUAUGAAUAUAUACAGCUCACUAAGUUCCAGAUUAGGUAUGAUCCUUCCAAAUCCAGCCCCAGAUGUACAAAUGGGACAAAGCUUUGCCACACCAUCACCAUUUGUUCCACAACAAGUUCAGACUACCGACUCCCUUGAACCUAAAAAGAAGAAGUAUGCAAAGGAAGCCUGGCCUGGCAAGAAACCAAUUCAGACGUUGUUAGUAUAAUUUGGGUAAAGAGAAGGCAACCAAGACAGUUUACAAACGUUUUUGUUUCGUAUUCUCGUUUUCUGUAUAUUUUUCUAGAAUAAAAUUAUGAACAUGUUUGUAUUUACAUGUAUUAAAUGUAUUAAGUAAUUGUUUUGUUAAGAGAAAUGAAGAUUAUAGACGAUUGAUGAAAUAAAUAAAAAAAUCUAAUACAA